UCUUGUUAGAGCAAAUAUCUGAGGAAGCACAUACAGUUUUCUCAAACAUCCUAAAACUCAGUCUUUUCAGGAGAGAGUACAAUACAAUUUUUCUGAGAAUACUGAUUUCACUUUGAGUUAUUUUAUUUUUAAUGGGGACUGUCAACCUCUUCAGCCUCCCUUUCUUGGAGGACACUUGCAGCUACCAAGAAGCAAAAGCAGGAAAGGGCUAACUAAGACUCCAGGACCUUUGGACUAUCUGAUCUUCCUGUUCUUUAACUUCUUAACUAGUGAGAAAACUGGUGAACUCUCAUCAGAGUUCUUCAUAUCCCUUUUUUAAGCUUCUUUUUCCCAAAGAAAACCUUGAAAAUUGUAAAAAGGAAUGGAGAAAAAAACCAGAAUACUUCCCAAAGAAUUGAUCCUGUGCCCUCGAAAAGGCCUCUAUCCAUGGACCUCAUCAAUAAUUUUAUCACGCCCCCAACAUCGGAUUGCACUGAAAUGGAAACAAGGCCAAAGGUCUAUAGAUCACACAUCCCACUUUAGCCACCAAGCUAGAACCACCCAGUCAUCAUUUCAUCCUUCCAAGUGGACUGAAUCAAAACCUGAACCAUGGAUCAAACACCUAAUCAGAUCUCCACACCACCCCCACACAAACCACAUGGCACUGUCUGUGCCAUUGCCCUAUCUUCAACAACAGGCCAGAGCUAAAUCAACACUACACAUUAAAAAGAGUGCCGGGAUCUCAGUCAUGACCUUACCUAGGCCUAAAGUUAGGGCCAAGAAAACUGAGAAAUCCUUAAGAGCCACCAAACACAGACUUAUACUUCCACCUAGCUCCAAACAUCAACCACAGUCUCGUUUGAACCCUGACCCACUGAGUCCAGGGGAUCCCCUAAAUCCUGACCACCUUCCCAAGAUUUUUCCAAGUACUGACCAUUCAAUGGAGGAUCUAAUACAUUUCCAUCAGAAGCUUCCAUCUCGAUCAAUCUCCAGUCCUCAGGUUAAAAUUCCACCAAGUAAUGCACAUAGGUCCAAGGCUGAUGCUGAAUCCCAAACAUGUCCUGGCUCUCAGGCAGUUACCACAUUUGUGCCAAUGAGUCCCUGUAAACAAGCUAAAACUUCACCAAAGUCCAAACGCCAAGUCAAGACCUCAAGUUCCCUGGCAAGAUUAUACAACCAUGAGCCCAAGGCUACAGCUGCACCAUCAUCAUCUUUUCCUGAUGACUAUCUCUCAAGGGCCACAGCUUUGAAAUCAUCAGUCCCUGUGGGCAAAGCCUCAAAGGAAUCCCGGACCCAUCUUAGAUCCACAAUAGUGAUGUCCUUGCUUCGAUUACCUGAGCGCCAGUCCAGAGCCUCCAUGACUAUGUCUUCAUACCAGCUAAAUCAGAGAACAAGAUGCAAGACUGCAAGUCAAUCUGAGAAGAGAUACAGGUCCAAUAUCCAAGGCUCAAUUCAAGCAGAAAAAAGACAGGAGGAAAUAAUGUCAACAUCAACAGACUACCAGACCAUGGUUUUAUUAAACCCAGAUCAGGGAGCUGCCCUAACUCCCCUGGACUUAGACACCAAGAAAACAAUUCUACCUGGUUCUGAUGACCACGUGACUCCUCCAUUCAUCACUGGCCUGGACCAAGCUGAAGCUGAGGAUAUUCCAAAUGUAAACAUCCAAACAUGUCCAGCAGAACUAAGCCAUGAUGAAAAAGUGACAUACACAACUGACAAGCAGGAUAUGACCGUAACAGGCCAGGAUCACAAGGCAACACCUCCACUGAGAUUAGACCAGCAGGAAAAAUCUCUCAGUAGUCUGGAUUGUGUGUCCACAUCACUGCCUGGAUCUGACCAGCAAGCUGGGGAAACACAAGACUUCAGAGAACAAGAGUCUUGGGAAAAAGAGUCACCAAAAACAGACCAGCAAACCAUAAUUUUAACAAACCAGGAAGCAAAAUCACCUGAAAUAGAUCAUCAGACUAUAAUUUUAGCAGACCAGGAAGCAAAGUCACCAAAAACAGACCACCAGACUAUAAUUUUAACAAACCAGGAACCUGGAGCAAGAUUUUCUCUGGGCUUAGACCAGGAGGACAACAUUCAAACUGCCCCUGACCUGCUGGACACCCUGCACCUCAGAAUGGACCAUAAGGUUGAGCAGGAAACACCAGGUUCCACUGUACAUUUCUCAAUUCAGUUCAAGAAAACAGACCAAGAAAAACUGGGAAAAAUGCCACCAAAACCACAUAGCCAAGAUACAAUUUUGACAGUCUUGGACAAUGGGAUACCUGUGGCGGGCUUAGACAGUCAAGACAGCAUUACCUCUGGCCCUGAAAACAAGUCCUCAGCUCCAGCAAAUCCUGACCACCAGGAGGACAACAUACUAGAGCACAAUGCUCAUGUUUUAUUUCCAGUGGAAAUAAACUCCCAGGAAACAAUAUCACAGGUAAAAGACCAGCAACUUAUGGAGCCAGUUGAUUGGGAUUUCUGGGAAUCACCUCUUUCCCCCAUCAUAAGCAAUCAAGAGACCCUAAUUGACUCUAAUUGUUGGGACAUACCUCCACCCCAUCCUGACCAUCAAACUGCAAAUAGAUCAGAUUCUAAUACUAUCACCGCUCCUCAAACAGAAGAAUGUUGGGAAACGUUACCACAGGGAAGUGACCAUAAAGCUAUAACAUCGUCAAAUGUUGAUCAUAGGGCAACCACUUCUCCUUUGUCCGUCUUCACCAACCUUGAGCACUGGGCUGAGAAUAUAUCAGAUCCCAUUAGUUAUGUGUCCCUUCAAGUGGAACAAGAAUCCUGGGAAAUUACACGAUUUAAAAAUGAUGACCAGGACAAAACACUGUCAAAUCAAGGUUAUGCAAGACCUCCAGCGGACUUGGAUCAGAAGGAUAAUAUUUUAUCUGACCUCAACUACCAAAGCAUAUCUUCCAUGAGCUCUGAAAAUCCAGCUGAUCCUAUUGCCCAUAUCUUGUUACAAAUUGAACAGCAACAUCCAGAAACAAUGAUAGCCCAGCAGGACAUAGACUCAGAAGUCCAGAAUCACCCAUCAAUACCCACCCUGUCAUUAGAACCCCAGUAUUCAAUCCCAUUUGACUCUAUGCCUGAGGCCAUACUUCCAUCUAGUCCCAACAAACAGAAGAAAGAUACACAAGUUGUUUUUAAUCAUUCCUCAACUUCAACUGAACCAGAGCACUGGGCAAUGAGGCAUCCAAGAACUCAUCAGGCUACAACUCAAACAAGCCAGCAUAAAAGGGCAAUUCCCCUGCAUUCAGAUCCCCAGGACACAAAUCUAGAUGUGCUCAAAUGCCGUGCCAUAUCUUUACCCACUGUUGACCACAAAUUGAAGGAUGCUUCAGACUCCCAAACCCAAGCCACACCUCUUUCAGACUUCCAAAUAUUAUCAGUGGAGUUAGACCAUAAAGUUACUCUAUCCACACCCAAGUCCCAAGUCUUUCUUCCAUGCAGCUCUGAAAAACAAACUGAAACCACUUUCCAUUCUACGAAGAUCCACAGCAAACUUCCAAGAAGUCUGUUUCAUACCCACAAGACCUUACCAGGUGCUAACUAUAGGCUCACACCUCCACUGGGGGCUGGCCACCAGAGUGAGCCUUCAAAAAGCCAAAGCUAUCAGAAUAAAGUCGAACUGAGCUCUAAGCAUCAAGAUCAGCUUCAGACUAGAUUCCAAUCCCAAACCCAGAUAGUAAGAAACAGAAGAAUUCCAUGGUGCUUAAAUUACAUCAAACCAUACAAUGUCGAGGGGGGAUUUGUCCCUAAUAGAAUCAUUCAGACCAUCAUCAAUUCCAUUCCUCAGCAGGAAAUUAAAAAUGACAUCUGUAAGCAGAUUCUUCUGCGAAGGAUGAGGGUGUCUCCCCUUUUUCAUAAAGACGGAAGACUUUUCACCACUUAUACAGUCUGUUUAAUCUGUACCUCCUGGGUACCAAAUGGCUGUUCACACAUGCAAGACAUGAGACACCCUUGUGAGGCACGACUUUUGGCCAUACCAACCCCUCUGCCUGGUCCUAAGGAGGAGCUCGGGGUGAGAUUUGUUCUCCAAGUACCCAAGGGCAAAUUUCCUGUCCACAAACAACAAAACACUCACAGCAAAUCAUACAGACCCUUGUACCAUCCAUCGGGCCACCCACUACAUUGUUCUUCCCCUCCCCUUUCACCAGCUAAGGAAAGAUUGCUUCAAUAUAUGCUUAGUAAGGAUCCACAUCUAAUGGGGAGGAACUCAUCCAAAGGGCGAUCCCUUCAUGGAGGGGAAAUGAAGAGAAAGAGCAGCAAAGGAGAGGGCCUGAAGCCCACUAGGAUACUUUUCAAGUCUCUUCGAGAGAUAUUUCAAAUGAAGCAAAAGAGACAUUAAAUUAUCAUUUUUUCUUUGAAAGCAAUUGCUUCCUUGAGUUUAUUUGGAUCUAAUUUCUUGCAUGUUUUAUUUUUGUUUUAGUGUAGUAGGAAAGGGAGACUUGUCUUCUUUUCAGUUCAUGGUAAGGUCCAAUUAAAGACACUGUUGGGCACGCCAGGAGAAAGAUUUGCAUGUUCUUCUCUCUUACUCAUGCCCCAGUCUAACCUCAGAGGGCAGACAGACCCGACCCAAAAUAGAUCAGAAAAACCUGCCUCUUCAUUUUUAUUUUAUAGCACAUUGAUAAAUAUUUUUGUCCCUAUAAACCUCAGUAUGGCAUACUGUAGUAUCUAAUUUCUUAGUCAUAUAUUGGCUUCCAAGGAAAUUGUGUUCUUGGUUCUACAAAGUUAUAUUUCAAAAGAUCCACAAUCUCCUCACUAGCUAAUAGAUAGAGGCUUCAAGAAAGAAUCUAUAAUCAUCAGGACAAGAGCCAACUGUGCCACCUGAUGAGAUCAG